AUGAUGGCUACACAACACAACUUGGCCCUUCGCCUGGUGCGACUUUUGUGUCUGGUGGCCGCUGUUUCGGCAUUCAGCCCCCACAACCUUGACGCCUCACUGUCAAGGAAAGCUAUCAAGCCACAUGUCAUCCCCAGGCAUUCAUUGACGCAAUCAAAGAUGAUCACCACACGGCUCUGGGGUAGAUCUCCGUUCCACGACGAUGAUGAAUUCAAAGGCAAGGAUGGACUUGCCACAUGGAACAGCUUUCUGAACAGCAACAAAAAGGCAGCCACGGUGGCAAGCUUGGCCUUGGUUGCAUCUGCGUCCAUGACUGCAUUCCCAGCAAUCAGCCAUGCUGUGGAUCUAGAAAGCAUGUAUGGAGGUGCCAUUACCGUGGCUUCGACAACUAGCGGUUUAUUGAACAGGCUCACCGAGACUGGAUUCUACCAGGCCUUUACUCUGGUGUUCCUGAGUGAAAUUGGUGACAAAACGUUCUUCAUUGCUGGCCUCUUGGCCAUGAAAACAUCCAAAUUAGCUUCUUUCCUGGGAUCCAUGGGUGCCCUAGGGGCAAUGACUGUGCUAUCCGUCCUCAUUGGUCAAAUCUUUCACGCAGUGCCCUCUGGGUUUGGCGAAGGAAUCCCACUCGAUGACAUUGCCGCUUGCAUUGCUUUCGCGUUCUUUGGUUUCAAGACACUGAAGGAUGCUUUGGAUAUGGAAGAGGGAGAAAGUGUCAUGGAUGAAGAGCUAGCCGAAGCAGAAGAGGAAGUUGAAAACAGUGAUUCGGUCAAGAGAACCACAACUUGGGGUCAACUUGUCAGCAUCUUUGCUCUCGUCUUUGCAGCAGAGUUUGGAGACCGUUCGUUCCUCUCGACAAUCGCCUUGUCUGCAGCCCAAAACCCCGUCAGUGUAGGAUUCGGUGCCAUUGCUGCCCACGGUGUUGCCACUGGCAUUGCUGUAUCCGGUGGGUCUUACAUUGCCAAGUACAUAUCGGAGCGAGUUAUUGGCAUUAUUGGUGGCUGCCUGUUUCUCGUGUUUGCCCUGACAACUGCUCUGGGAAUAUUCUAA